GGAGUAAUUGGCCGCUGGAGGUGAACCUCUGCCCCGCAAAUUGGACCCGUGUUUGAUCGAGGAGAUGCAUUAGCACAAGUCCCGGGAUAUUUUUAUUCAUCUUCCUGUUUCGGGGAGGGGUUCAGUCUCUGAACGUGUGGAUCAGCUCCCCUCUCUCCACUGGAACCGUUAUAACCUCCUCACACUGGCAAUAUAAGGAUUAUUCCAGUUACCGUGUAGUUUUUGCCUUUAUACUGCAUCUGGAAACAUGGAGUCUUUGCUGCAGUAAAAUGCAACAGUGCAUCACACACAAGAGCUGAAGUAAUGGAGAAGUCGAGACGUGGAGUACAGUUAGCAUUCAGCCUCCUGUUUGGGUUGUGGUUACCUUGCUGUUUAACCCAAACCACACCAUCAAAUGCAGCCUCGGCAACACCCACACCAUCCCCGUCCCCCCAGUCCCUGGCAGAGAGGCUAAAGGUCAGACUGACCGGAUACCCUCGAAAACACAACGAGGGUCGGGUAGAGCUUUUUUACAAGGGGGAGUGGGGAACCAUCUGUGACGACGACUUCUCAAUAGCUAACGCCAACGUGCUGUGCCGCCAGCUGGGCUUUGUGUCAGCCACAGGAUGGACACACAGCGCCAAAUAUGGCAAAGGUCAAGGGAAAAUCUGGCUGGACAAUGUGCUGUGCAAUGGAGGAGAGAAAAGCAUUGAGUUCUGCAAGUCUCGCGGCUGGGGCAACAGUGACUGCACUCACGAUGAAGAUGCUGGAGUUGUGUGCAAAGACGAGAGGAUUCCUGGCUUUGUCGACUCAAAUGUUAUUGAUGCCCAUGUGGAUGAGAACAAAGUAGAGGAGGUGCGACUCCGGCCCGUCGUCGUCACAGCCAAAAAGAAGCUGCCCAUCACAGAGGGUGUUGUGGAGGUGAAAUUUAAAGAAGGCUGGGCUCAGAUCUGCGAUGUGGGAUGGACGAUCAAAAACACUCGCGUGGUCUGUGGCAUGCUGGGAUUCCCACAUGAGAGGAAAGUCAACAGGAACUUCUACAAACAUCUGAAAAAGCGAGCAGCUGAGAAGGUCUCCAGGCCAAAGGUUAAUGUUUCAGCCGGUGGAAGGUUGUAUUUGGAGCGUCAGAAGAACCACUUCCACAUCCACUCUGUGGCGUGCACAGGCACAGAGAUCCACCUGGCAGCCUGCCCCCUGGAGUUCAACAAGCCAAACGCCACAUCGACCUGCGAGGGCGGCAUGGCAGCCGUGGUCAGCUGCAUGCCUGGGCCGCUGUUCAUGCAAAACAGUGGCAUGAAAAAGAAACUGAAGACCUCGAGUAACGUGAGGCUGAAGGGUGGUGCCAGGCUGGGCGAGGGCCGCGUGGAGGUGUUGAAAGACAACGAGUGGGGAACAGUGUGCGACGAUCGCUGGAACCUGCAGUCAGCCAGCGUCGUCUGCAGGGAGCUCGGCUUCGGUAGCGCCAAGGAGGCUCUCACCGGAGCCCGCAUGGGACAAGGAAUGGGUCCGAUCUACAUGAACGAGGUGAAGUGUCUCGGUCAGGAGAAAUCCAUCUGGAACUGCCCCUUUAAAAACAUCUCAUCAGAGGACUGUCAGCACAUGGAGGACGCCGCCGUCCGCUGCAACAUACCCUACAUGGGCCUGGAGAACACGAUCCGACUCACAGGGGGACGGACCCGUUACGAGGGCCGCUUGGAGGUCCUGGGUUCAGACUCUAACGGGACGGAGAGCUGGGGUCUGAUCUGCGGAGAGAACUGGAGCACCACGGAGGCCAUGGUGGCCUGCAGGCAGCUGGGCUUGGGCUACGCUAACCAGGGCCUGCAAGAAACCUGGUACUGGGACGGCAGCAACGUGACGGAGAUGGUGAUGAGCGGUGUCAAGUGCACAGGAAGCGAGAUGUCUCUGAGUCAGUGCCAGCAUCACAAAACUGUCAACUGCCAGAAAGCAGCAGCGAAGUUUUCAGCAGGAGUCAUCUGCUCUGAAACGGCCUCUGACCUCAUCCUGGACGCCCCUCUGGUCCAGCAGACGGUUUACAUCGAGGACCGCCCUCUGCACAUGCUCUACUGCGCCGCAGAGGAGGACUGCCUGUCGAAAUCUGCAGCCAAGGCCAACUGGCCGUACGGACACAGACGCCUGCUGCGCUUCUCCUCCCAGAUCCACAACAUCGGCCGGGCUGACUUCAAGCCGAAGGCUGGGCGGCACUCGUGGGUGUGGCACGCCUGCCAUGGCCACUACCACAGCAUGAACAUUUUCACCCACUAUGAUCUGCUGAAUGCCAACGGCACCAAAGUGGCAGAGGGACACAAAGCCAGUUUCUGUCUGGAGGACACAGAUUGUCAGGAGGGUGUUUCUAAGAGGUACGAGUGCGCUAACUUUGGCGAUCAGGGAAUCACUGUGGGCUGCUGGGAUUUGUACCGCCACGACAUCGACUGCCAGUGGAUCGACAUCACGGACGUCAAACCCGGAAACUACAUUAUGCAGAUUGUGAUCAAUCCCGAUCAUGAAGUGGCCGAGAGCGACUUCACCAACAACGCCAUGAAAUGCAACUGUAAAUACGAUGGACAUCGAAUCUGGUUCCAUAACUGCCAUGUUGGUGACGCGUUCAGCGAGGAGGCAGAGAGGAGGUUUGAGAAAUACCCCGGGCAGCUGAAUAACCAGAUCUCUUAAUCAACAACAACAACAACAACAACAACAACAACAAUAAUAUGAGAAACAAAGUGUGGGAGUGAAUAAAUAAAAACACACCUCAUUAGCUCAAAAGAAAAAAGACACAAACCCUUUGGAUCCCCCCUCCCCCACAUGUCUGAGAUUAUUUGUAAUCAUGGAAGAAGCCAACAGUAUUUUCCUCUGGUGAAUGUGUUGUAUGUCUGAGUUAUUAUACUUGAAUAUUCAAGUGCUAAUGGAUUUUCCUUUCUCAGUCUAAUGUGAGCUAAUGCUAUAUUUUUAUCAUAAAAUAGGAUUUUAUAAAGUCAGUUGUACAGUCUGUGUGCAGCCUUGUAUUGAAUGUUUUUGUUCCGAGUUACGAACGAGGUGUUAUAAUAUUUUUAAUAUUUUUUUAUAACCAGAUUUAUUUUACUUGGAGCGACCAGAUUUCAGAACUUCAGAAUGCAAAAGAGAAAAAAAAAUCUGAGGCAUGAACAGGAACACAUGCAGCUCUGUGGAAGUCUUACUGGUCAAGACUUCCAUCAACAACAACCUGAAAAUGUCUCUGAGCAAAACAUCAAACCAUGUACACCCGGAUCAUUCACUCUUUGGACUGGAGCGUUAGCAUGAAGGCUAAAUGUAAAUGACCACGUUGCUCAAGAGAAACGCUCAGAUCUUACCCAGCCUGCCUCUGCAGUUACAACAUUUCAUGAAUGUAUUUAUUGCCAAUAUGAAGGUGCUCAAAAACCAGUUGUCAGUUUGCUUUGGAACCAGUUUGAAUCCACCUGUAGCUUUAGUCUUUUUGUAUUUUUAUAGUCUUUUAGAGUCAAGACAUAGACGUUACUGGACAAAGACAAAAAACUACAAUUACCCUGAAGAUUUGCUGUUUGUAUGCUGAUGUAAUCACACCCGCUGCACCAAAUAAAAAGGAGAGGAAUAA